GUUUUUGUUAUUUGAUUGUCAAUUAGAUUUAAUUUUUGUUUAACAUUAGGGUUUUAUAAAAUUAAAUCUUUUUUUAACAAUGGAUUUAGAUGUGAUUGCUAAUCAACCUAUUGUUAUUGAUAAUGGUUCAGGUGUUAUCAAGGCAGGUUUUGCCGGUGAUCAAGUUCCAAAAUGUAUUUUUGCCAACAUGAUUGGUAAACCAAAACACCUUCGGGUAAUGGCCGGAGCUCUUCAGUUGGAUAAUUUUAUUGGUAAAAAAGCUGAAGAGCAUCGUGGACUUUUAACAAUUAAAUAUCCCAUGGAACAUGGUAUUGUCACCGAUUGGAAUGAGAUGGAGAAAAUUUGGAGCUAUAUUUAUGCCAAAGAACAACUACAAACAUUCCCUGAGGAACAUCCCGUGCUACUCACUGAGGCUCCUUUAAAUCCAAGGAGAAAUCGUGAACGAGCUGCAGAAAUUUUCUUCGAAACAUUCAAUGUACCCGCUCUCUUUAUAUCUAUCCAAGCCGUCCUCAGUUUAUAUGCCACUGGUCGAACCACUGGUGUUGUUCUAGACUCUGGCGAUGGUGUAACUCAUGCCGUGCCUAUUUACGAAGGUUUCGCCCUUCCCAUGUCAAUAGUUAGGUCUGAUAUCGCUGGUAGAGAUGUAACCAGAUACUUGAAGCUUCUAUUAAGAAAGGAGGGUCUUAUUUUCAAUACCACCGCUGAGUUUGAAGUGGUAAAAAAUAUAAAGGAAAAAAUUUGCUAUAUCACCAGUAACCCUCAAAGGGCACUUGAUGAUCUCUCUGCAACAAACAAUGAAUUAGAGAAAAUCUUAUAUACCCUUCCUGAUGGUAAUCACGUUGAAAUAGGAGCUGGUCCAAGAGUUCGAGCUCCAGAGAUUCUAUUUAAACCUGAUAUCAUUGGCUGUGAAUUUGAAGGUGUUCAUGAUGUUCUGGCUUAUAGUAUACAAAAAUCUGACAUGGAUCUAAGGAAAGUUUUCUAUCAGAAUAUUGUUCUCAGUGGAGGAAGCACUUUAAUCAAAGGUUUUGGUGACCGUUUGUUGAACGAGCUUCGGAAGAUAACACCCAAAGAAUUGAAAAUAAGAAUCAGUGCUUCUAGUGAACGAUUAUUCUCAACCUGGAUCGGAGGAUCGAUUCUUGCAAGUUUGGACACUUUUAAGCGUAUGUGGGUCUCAAGAAAAGAGUACGAUGAAGCAGGUCACAGAGCGAUUCAUCGGAAAACCUUUUAGUUAUUGUUAUAUAUAAAAUUAUACAAACUCCAUACAACUUCAAGGUACUAUUUAAUUAUAAUAAAACUAUUUAUACCUAAGAACAAGCGGAAAAAAACACAA